AAGCUCGUUGCUUGUUUGGAUUUGCUGUGGGUCGUGGGCGGUGCGUAUUUCCCACAACUCUCAACAAGCCCACUCACUGACCUUCACACGCACGACAACAGCCCGCUCAUUCCCUGUCCUUGAUCCAAGCAAGAUGCCGCGUCGCUCUGCUCGGCUGGCAAACGCCAGCAAGCCCAAUGCCACGCUUCGCGCAGACAGCGUGCAUCAGUACACCAUUCCCAAAAAGCAGACCAAGCAGGAAAAAGAAGUGGAAAAGAAGCGCGAGGAGCGGGCAAAGCGCAAAGGCCGUGGCAUGCGGCGUGCAGACACGUUCUUCGAGUACGAAGGCCACCCGGAAACGCGCGAGCGCGUGGACAACCCCUUCAACUCGCUCAUGGGCAAGACAAUCGAAAUCUACUUUGGCAAGGACCGCUCGUGGCGCCGCGCCCGCGUCAAGGAGAAGACUGUGGAUGCCAAGAAGGAAGAGGAAGAGGAAGAGGAAGAGGAAGAGGUUGACGACGAUGAUGAAGGGCUGGACGCGAGCGUGGGCAGUGGCGCUGACGCUACUGCUGCGCCCACGCCAACAGCCGUCGCCCUUACCGCCACAUCAUCAUCAAGCACUGCCGCAUCAGCACCUGCCAAGCCGCGUGUGGAGCCCGGUGCGCACCUGAGCAAUGUGCACGUGCUGCAGGAGGGCGGCGUGCUGUACGAGGCAAACCUGUCCUUCAUCAACCUGGCCCAGAAUUCCGACAAGUAUUACGUCAUCCAGGUGGCGGAGGCGGAUGAUAAGUCCGCCUACUAUUGCGUCACCCACUGGGGCCGCACGGGCACGCUGGGCAUGUUCAAGGUGGACGCUGCUUCCAAGGACGAUGCCAUUGCUGCAUUCAAGCACAAGUUCCUGGAGAAAACAGGCCUGGAGUUUGAGGACCGCAACAAGCCACCCGUCCCCGGCCACUACAAGUACAAGAAGAAGGACUACGCCACGCUCGCAGCACCAGGCACGGUCCUGUGGCAAUACUAUGUGGACGACUUUGUGGACGGGAAAGCCACCGGCUGGUACCCGUACACGAAGCAUGCUGCUGCCACGGUUGAAGGCGUGUACAGCGAGUGGCGCGUCAACGACUGGCUCGAUGUCAGAUGCGUCCAGAGCGGCUACUUCCAAUACCGUGUUGACUUCAACACGAUGACGCAGAUGAACCUGAGGACCAGCAAGUGCCGCAAGAUCCGGCGCGUGGAUGCCAGCGGAGUCGUCACAGACACCCCCUCCUCGACCACAUCCUCCACCUCAUCAUAACACGCACAUGCAUCCAUGUUUUGAACACGACUUCGGUGUGCCUACCUGCGUGUCUUUGCUCAUCUCGCCUGUUCUUGACAUCUGUCCCGUCCCCUUUUCCCUGUUGCUGUUACAGCUCUCAAUGCCUCGUUACACCAACCCCCACACCCAUGCGCGUGUGUGCACACAUGCAAUCGUCUGCCCUGUUUCCUCCGUGCUGCCGUGGCCGUUUAUGCAUCAGUCAAUACAACUCCGUUCAAAAUCCAA